AUGACUUUGAGGGAAAUGAUGCGCCGCACGCUGUGUUUACUGGUUCUCAUGUUGUGCUGUGCUUCUGGAUGCGUAAUGGCUAAUCACCUUCAACCUAAACCUCCACUUUUCACUGAUGAUCAAGCUGCUGGGUUUGGUAUUGGUCGUGUGCAUGGUGUUCCUCUAGGUGGGGCUGCUGGAGUUAUUCCUGGUGUUCCUGGUGCUAUCCCCGAUGUUCGCCCCGGUACUGCUGCUGCUGGAGCUCCUCAAGUAAGGGUUCCCGGCUCUCUCCCGCCUGGUUCUGGUGCUCCCCCUGGUGUUUCUGCUGUUGAUCCGGGUAUUGAGCGUGGUACACCCGGAGUUGAUAAGCUUGAGAAAAAUUACAAUCACCACCCUGGAAUUGAUGGUGUGCCUGGAAAGGUUAAUGAUACUCUUGCGAAACAGUUGGGUAUCUCACCUGGUAAAAAUCUUUCUGACCCCACUGCAAAAAAUGUUGGUGUCCCUGGUUUCAAGAAUGAGGAAACCCCUGCUGCUGGUGAUGCUUUACCUGUAUGUCCCACAAUUUCUAAAGAAAGUGGCAUUGGUAUUGGUGGUGUACCUGGUGCUUCCGGUGCUGCCGGUGUUCCCUGUGCUCCUCCUGUUCCUGGCUCUGUUCCUCCUCUUCCCAGUGGCCCGUCUCCAACGUCUGAAGAGGUCAAUGGUAAUCUAAGUCUUAUCGUCAACAUGACUACCCAUCCUAAUGGUACUGCACUUCAAUCAGAGCUUAAUCCUGCGCCUAAAGGCACUGCUACUCAACCUGUUGUUCCACCCAGUGCUUCACAAUUUCCUCAUGGUUCUAAAUUUCCCGGUGUUUCUGGUGCUGUUCCUAUUGUUCAUAAUAAACCUGAUACUCCUGAAUAUCCUGGUGUUCCUGAAGGUGCUCUUCAUGUUGGUAAUGGCAGCAGUGAAGCGGGUCGUAUUCGUUUUUCUCGUCCUGUUACUCAUGCCACGGAUGCUGAUCCCCAGAGUAAUGCAGAUUCCUCAGAUACUACAAGCACUCAAAUUGGAGAGAAUAAUAAUCGGGCAGAGACUACUGCAGCAUCUUCAGCUAAUGAGGUGAGUGGUGCACCUGCACAGAGUGAAUCAAUAAGGAACACCCCCGAGACACCCACUAAGGUAAAACCACCCACAAUGCCAACAAUAUUGCAACCUCCUAUGCCUGCGAAGAGCGAAGACAAACCACCACCCAAGAAGCGUAAGGCAGACAGCAGCAGUAUCAGCAGUUCUGUGUGGGUGCGUAUGCCACUACUGAUUGUGACUGUUUUGUUCCCCUUUACUGUGUACUGA